AUGAUGUCAUCAACUAAUAUUCUACGUGCGAUAAUUAUUUCUAUUUUCUUGCAAUCAAUCAAUGGAUUGAUAAUUGGCGAAUGUAAAGAACCAAAUGAAUGGAAGACAUGGUUAAAUGUUCACCGUCCAACUGCCAUAGGUGAAUUUGAAUUAGUUCCACAUUAUCAAAAAAUUUUCGCAGGUCAACCAUUUAUAUGUUCAAAACCAACAGGAUUAGAAGUAAAAACGGUUAAUGAUCUUGAACCAUCAACAACAGGCGAUACAUUUCGUUUUACAUUUAAUGAAGGUUUUCUUUGUCUCAAUCAAAUAAUUUUUCCAAAAAAGAAAAAAUGUACAGAUUAUAAAAUAAAAUUUUGUUGUUCAACAUAA